AGUAACCAAUAGAAUUUAGAAAGUCGGAGAGGAGAAGUCAGACUUGUAAUGGUCUGACGAACAACGACUUCGGGUUCAGCCAUUCCUGACUUCAUUGUAGUUUGAUACUUAUCCUCCGAUCUCAAGGAAAGAACAGGCAAGAGAUCCCCGAACAUCUUAAAACCCUAAUCCACGCAAAUUACUUCUAUUUAAUAACUUCCAAUAUUAACCACUUCGAUCUCUCCCCCUCCCUUCCUCCCUCUGUCUCUGUCUCUCUCUCUCUCUCCCUGGUUGAAGAGAUGGCGGUUCCUGUGGUGCGAUUCCCGAUCUUCUUCAUUGUAAGGGUGAUGGGCUUCAUAAUCACCACUCUGGUGCUGACCUGGACCCUCCAUUACAGAGGAGGCUUAGCUCUCAUUUCCGACGACAAGGAUCUCAUCUUCAAUGUCCAUCCCGUUCUGAUGGUGAUCGGGCUCCUGCUACUUAAUGGCGAAGCCAUGCUUGCAUACAAGACAAUUUCAGGAACAAAGAGCUUUAGAAAAUUAAUUCAUCUCACAUUACAGUCCCUUGCUUUCUGUUUAAGCGUCAUUGGUGUAUGGGCUGCUCUAAAGUUCCACAAUGAAAAGGGAAUCGACAAUUUCUAUAGCCUGCACUCGUGGUUGGGCCUAGCUUGCCUUUUCCUCUUUGGCAUUCAGUGGGCGGCUGGGUUUGCAACCUUUUGGUAUCCAGGUGGCUCAAGAAAUAGUCGAGCAACCCUGCUUCCAUGGCAUGUAUUCUUUGGGGUUUAUAUCUAUGCCCUUGCUAUUGCUACUGCUACAACUGGCAUUUUAGAGAAGGCUACAUUUCUUCAAACCAACAAGGUAAUAUCUCGCUAUUCAAUGGAGGCGAUUCUGGUCAAUUCUUUGGGUAUUUUGAUCGUCGUCUUGGGUGGUUUUGUCAGUCUUGCGGUUGUUACCCCUGCCAGUGGCUUAGUUGAUGCCCGCAGAGGACCAACAGAGUGAGUAGGUGCUCUUGUAUAUUUUUAUGGUUCUUAAGACGAAAAGGUGUAUUUUUAUUCCAUAUCUUCACCAAGAUUCUAACGAAAUAUCAUUCCUGUUUUGUUUGCUCC